CUCCACCCCACUUUAAUCCUUCCUGAUGGCGGGAACGUAACUCAGGCGGGGGAGCCUAUCCCGGAUUCUUCUGCUUCCCCUUCUAAUUUUGGCUUCGGUUUAAUACUUUUCGGCGGCCGUCAGCGGAUCGCGAUGGUUCGGGGGCAGGAGCGAGUGGUGGCUUUGGCGGAUAUGGACUGUUUCUAUAUACAGGUGGAGCAGCGGCUGGAUCCCCGUCUGCAUGGAAAGCCGUGUGUCGUGGUGCAGUAUAAGACGUGGAAAGGUGGCGGGAUAAUUGCUGUGAGCUAUGAAGCACGUGCUUUUGGAGUUAAAAGAAACAUGUGGGCUGCUGAUGCCAAGAAGUUGUGCCCAGAUCUUGAGUUGGCUAGAGUGCCAGAGGCCCGUGGCAAAGCAGAUCUCACCAGAUAUAGAGAAGCCAGCAUAGAGGUGAUGGAAGUCAUGUCACGGUUUGCUGUGAUUGAACGUGCCAGUAUCGAUGAAGCUUAUCUGGACUUAACACAAGCUAUACAUGAAAAGCUGAAGAAGAUGAAGGGUCAACCUAUUUCAGUAGAGCAAUUGGGAACUACGUAUAUUCAAGGAUUCCCAAAUAGCCUUGAAGAAGAAGAAAAUACGGACAACAAAGAGGAGAUAAGGCAACGUGGCGUAUGCCAGUGGCUCAAGUCAUUGCCUUUUGGAGAUCCCAGCAAUCCAGAAUUGCAGCUGACAGUAGGAGCUGCGAUCAUGGAAGAAAUGAGGGCUGCUGUGGAAUCUGUCACUGGAUUUCAAUGUUCUGUUGGAAUUUCUCACAAUAAGGUGUUAGCAAAACUGGCCUGUGGCCUCAACAAACCAAAUCGACAGACUCUGGUAUCCCAGGGGGCUGUUCUUCAGCUCUUUAGCAAGAUGCCAAUCGGCAACAUUCGCAACCUUGGAGGGAAACUAGGUGCUUCUAUUACUGAAUGUCUCGGAGUGCAAUAUAUGGGAGAGCUGAUCCAGUUCAGUGAAUCACAGCUUCAGACACAUUUUGGAGAGAAAACUGGAUCCUGGUUAUAUGAACUGUGCAGAGGAAUUGACUUUGAGCCUGUGAAAGCUAGACAAUUGCCAAAGUCCAUUGGUUGCAGUAAGAAUUUCCCUGGAAAAACAGCAUUGGCUACUCAGAAGCAGGUGCAGUAUUGGCUCUUGCAGUUGGCCUUGGAGCUGGAAGAGAGAUUGAAUAAAGAUAGAGACCAGAACAACCGGGUAGCUAAACAAUUGAGUGUUGGGAUCCAUAUGCAGGGUGGUAAACAUACCAAUCUAACGCGCUGCUGUGCCUUGUCCCAGUAUGAUGCUCAAAAAAUUAGCAGAGAUGCCUUUGCACUAAUCCAGAACUGUAACACAGCAGCUGGCCAGCAAGCGACAUGGUCUCCUCCGGUUACACUUCUGCAGCUCUGUGUAAGCAAGUUUUCUGAGUCCUCUACAGUAUCGUCUGUGGACAUUACUUCCUUCCUGACUAAUCAUAGCCAGUGUACUCAACACACCACCGCCAUUAAAGAAAGCAUGAAUGCAAAGUUCCUUGAAAGUCCCAAAAAGGAGACCAGCAAGAGGGCAGUUAAUGCUAUUGAAAUGCUCUUUCAAAGGGCAGCAAAAAGAAAACAAGCCCAGGCUAUCGCUGAGUGUUUUGUUCCUGGUGUAAGUGAUAUGAUAGUACCAACAGCUACUCAGACCAAGGGUUCUCACAACAGCAGCCAAGUUUCAGAAGGCUUAACAGAAACAAGCAACCCAGACGUGAUGCAGAAACAGCAGCAAGAUGCCACUUUGACUGGUGAAGGCUAUGUAUCGUCUUCAGAAAUGAAAAUUCUUCCUGAUUCAUUUAAAGAAGAAAAGAUGCAAACUGCUGCUGGAUUUUUGCAGGAGGGAGCUAUGAGUUUGGCUGAUCCCUCCUCAAUGGAUGACUGCUUGCUAUGUGAGAAAUGUAACCAAAAAGUGGCAGUGUGGGAGUACAGUGAACACUUAGAUUACCAUUUUGCUGUAGAACUGCAGAAUUCUUUCUCGGGGUCUGACUCCUUCAGAUCAGUUGAAUCUCUUGCCAGUCCAAAGAAGGAGAAAAAUAAAUCAAGGGAACAGAGAAUCACCAGUGCCAAACGACCAAAGCAAGAUGGAACUAGGACUUUAGAUUUCUUUUUUAAACCAUUGCCACCAUAAUUGCUCACUUGAUUGAGUACCUGGUGAUUUAGAAAAUGUACUUUCCCUAAUAAACUAAUCCUAAUAAAUUAUUCCUUAAAACAUGA